CUCCCUUUCGCGAAUCGCAAUCGGCCUGGUCCGUUUCCCACGACGCGAGCACCCAAGGGAACCCACCAAGUCGGAGCAGCAGCACCAUCCCACCACAGAGGGUCCCGAGGGAUGGCGGAUCUCACGGGCGGCGGCGCCGCUGCCGGAGGCGGCGGGGGAGCGCCGCGCCGUCGGCCGCUGACUUUCCUGGAGAACGCGGCGAAGCGGAAGGACGGGUUCGUGCAGCUGCUCCUGAUGGCGGGCGUCCUCAUGAUGAGCCUGCGGUCCCUGGGCCAGAAGCACCGCCUCCGCGACCUCGCCUACGACAACGCCGACCUCCGCCGCGAGCAGAGCGACCUCUCCCUCCGGAUGCGCGACCUCCAGGACACCCUGCACCGCGAGGCCGACGCCGACGAGUCCGGCGUGCUCGCCUCCCACCUCCGCCGCAUCUUCGCCGCCCACCCUGCCGCCUCCGCCACCACCGAUGACACCAAAUAGCUCGAUCUCCCGGCUAAUUUCCCCCCCGUACUCGCAGUCCCGCGAUUUGUGAUCGAUGCUUAUUUACUCUUCAGGUCUUUCCCCCUGGCAUUUAGACGUGCACGCGACGUGUUUGUCGAAAUGCCGCACAGGCUAUGAGAGACUGUACCGAACUGUGAAAUCGCUGCCUCGCAAAGCUGAGACUGAAACUUGUUUUUGUUCUUAGACUGAUCAGGCGUUCUUAUAAUUCUGAAUUUCUGAUAUGCGUGUUUUUUUUCCUUGCGAAUUAUUUGUUCGUCGGCUGAAUGGCUGAUCAUAGUGCAUUGCUGUUCGUAUUUCUCAAGUUCACUGGUGUUAGUUACUGCUUGCUACUGCCAUGGCUGUCUAGUUUUCUUUUUCCCUUUGUGCGUGUGAGGAUUUCUGCAUUCGUUUCCUAAAAUAAGUAUUUUUUGGUU